GGCAGGCAUUGGGAAAAGUACCAUGGUACAGAAAUUAAUCCAAGACUGGUCACAAGGUAAAAUAUACCAAUCAUUUAAAUUUGUUUUUCAAAUCCAAUUUCCACGUUUAAAUUUAAUACACUGGAAGACCAGUCUGACAGCCCUGGUCCGGGAUAAUUAUCCUUAUUUAGAUGAUGCACUGGAACAAUUGUGGAAAGAACCUGAAAAGAUAUUGUUUGUGUUUGAAGAUUUAGAUCAAUUUCAGAAAAUCAUCUAUUUCAAUGAUGCUGAAAGGAAUGCCGAAUCCCAAGAUCAGUGUCUCGAUCCUAACUGUUAUUGCCUGAUCACGGAUGUUGUUCGUUGUCUCAUUAAGGGAGAGUUGCUGAAGGGUUGCUCUAUCCUCAUCACAUGCCAAACCGGGAAAUUCGAUUCUUUGGGAAUUACAGAUGUAAAUCGAAAAGUACAAAUCCUGGGGUUCGCGUCUGAUGCAACACUACAGUACUUCCAGAAUUAUUUCAGAAAUGAACAGACAAAGUCGCAUAUAAUUAAAUACAUAAAAGCGAAUGACACAUUGUAUAGAAUGUGCUAUAACCCCCUGUUUUGUCUGACCCUCUGCUCAUUAUUGGAAUCACCCCGGCCACAAGGAGUUCAAGACGUGCCUUUGUUCCAUAAAACCAGCACACAGGCAGUCUCCACUUACAUCGUUAAUCUAUUAGGCAGAAGUGGUUACACUUUUGAAAGCUGUUCAGAAGAUCUGUUGAAAUUGGGAGCUCUGGCUUAUGAUGGAUGCCGCAAAAAUCUUGUGGUGUUUAACAGAAACCAACUUAGUUCCCACAACGUGAACUUUGCCAACGUUAUCACUGUAUUAAUGAUGGAAAUUCAAGGCAAAGAUCACGAGACAACUGUUUAUGCAUUUAAUCAUUUUAUUAUUCAGCACUUUCUUGCAGCUCUACAGAGAAUUCGAACUACAACAGGGAAUAAACUAUUAGAAUCGCUCAAUGCAGAGCACACAACGACUGAUGGGAGAUUCACACUGUUGUCACGUUUUCUUAUUGGACUUGCCAGACACAAUUCAACCACAAAACCUAACUGGAAAAUGACUAAUGUUGAUCCUGCAGUCACCAAAUGUGUGUCUGGUUGGCUCACAAAUUAUUCCAAAAGAUGUGAUCCAAAUCUCGAAGGCAAGAAAUCCAAAGAGACCUUUUUAAACUUGUUGUACUGCUUUCAUGAAUUUGGAGAUGCGGAGCUGAUCAGGGACGCAUUAUCAACAAGAAAUACAAUCCAAUUCAUGAAGUAUCAUCUUAACGUUGCUGACUGUGUGAUUCUGUCAUCCACAUUAAUGGCCCAUGACAAGUUAGAAGAACUGGACCUGAGUUGUUGUGACCUACCGGAUGAAGGUAUACCAUUUCUGCUGCCUGUGCUGCAUAAAUGUAAAACUAUCAGACUUAACGAUAAUCAACUCGAAAACCCAUGGGUGAAACAAUUAUCCAAAGUUCCAAUGGGGAUUGUUUAAUAACAAAAUU